AUGGCCGGAGCCGCCGCGCCGUCGGAGCGCCCGUCGCCGGCGGGCGCGGACGUGGUGCCGCUGGUGGCGCUGAACUGCGCGGUGCGGCGGCGGCUGGGGCUCUUCCUCAACCCGCGCGCCCCGGUGGCCGCCGACUGGACGGCGCUGGCCGAGCGGCUGGGCUACGACUACCUGGAGAUCAAGCACUUCGAGCGGCGCCCGGACCCCACCGCGGAGCUGCUGCACGACUGGCCGGCGCGGUGCCCCGACGGGGCCACGGUGGGCCGCCUGCUGCAGCUGCUGCGCCUGCUGGAGCGCCACGACGUGCUGUCCGAUCUGGGGCCCGCCAUCGAGGAGGCGUGUAAGAACUACCUGCAGAAAAAGCAGCAGGAGGAAGCGGAGAAGCCAGUGCAAGUCCUGGAGGUGGACAGCAGCAACCCAAAGAUAUCCGAGCUACGGGGCAUCACCAUGCGGGACGAUCCUUAUGGACAAAAGCCAGAACUGUUUGAUGCCUUCAUUUGCUACUGUGCGAAUGAUAUUCAGUUUGUGCAAGAGAUGAUCCAAGAGCUGGAGCAAACAGAGCACAGACUGAAGCUCUGUGUGUUUGACCGAGAUGUCCUGCCGGGAACAUCUGUAUUUUCCAUCACUACCGAACUGAUAGAGAGGCGGUGCCGGAAAAUGGUGGUUGUCAUCUCGGAUGAUUACCUUGACAGUGAAGAGUGUGAUUUCCAGACCAAGUUUGCCCUCAGCCUCUCCCCAGGGGCUCGACUCAAGCGCCUCAUUCCGGUCAAGUACAAAAGCAUGAAGAAAGAGUUUCCAAGCUUCCUGAAGUUCAUCACAGUGUGUGACUACACUAACCCUUCCACCAACAAAUGGUUCUGGACACGAUUGGCUAAAUCCCUCUUGCUCCCAUGACGCACAGUGACAAAGCCCGGGCUUGGCUUGGCUUUUUCCAGGAAGGAGGGAGCAUCGGCCUUUCCACUCCUUCACCACCAGUCCCACGUCGCCCGAACCUCCUGCCUCAAACCUGCUGAGAGUCAAAAAUGAGGGGCCAGAAAGUGAUCGCCCUACGGCUGUUCCUGAGAUACUUCUCUCCUCCCCAGCUUUUUGCUGGCUUGCUUCUUGUGAAAAAGGAGAACUAAGGAGAAUUCGAUUCAGUGCUGGUUAAUUUCUACAAGCUGUUGAAUGACUUCUGUUUCUUAAGAUGCUUUCUUACUGGCACAAACCAAGGGUUGGACUGCCUGGUUUCUGACAAGGGUCAAUUCGAGGUGCCAGGAAGUGGGGUGCAAUCCUUAUUCUAUGGAUUGCCAACAUGCAGCAGAAGUGUAAAAGGCGGUACUUAUUCCCUUUGUGUGUCUGGAAUCCUGAUUGGGCUAGGAACCCAUCAUUCCACUGUCCCGAGCCAAUGGACACAAUGCAGGAGUCUGUGAGUUCCUCUUCUUAAGAUCGUAUUGGCCAGCAAGGGCAUCGCUAGAUGCAGCUCAAAUUCUGUUUUCCAGAGCUCUGAAGUGCAGUGCAAAGUUCUUUUCUCUCCUCGAUUGCUAUGCUGGGGGCAUUUCGCUGCUAAGGGAAGCAUGAGCUGCAGUCCCCUGACCCAGAGCUUCCGCUGCAGGAUAAUUGAGCUUGGACGAAAAAAAAAAGUCAUGGUGCACAUUAAUACAAUAAUUUAUUUCCUUUGAGAUGAUUUGUGAUUUGCUUCAUUUUCCCAGCAAGGAUCUUAAACAUUGCAUACAAAUUAGCAUGUGCACCCUGAUGGAUGGUGCCUGGAGGAAAUGAGGGGAAGCAGAAACCGGGUUCUCGCCCAAGCGCUCUGCUUGCUUCAGACAGCCAGGUCAAAGAUUUCUGUCCUGCCCCCUGGGUUUCUCUCCAAUCUGCCCGCUCCAAAGUUGUGGAUUGAGUCGAGUAUGGGUUGAGUGUGCUUUGCUGUUGUGGAAUUGUGGGUUAUUGAGGUUGUCUGAACCCAGCUGCGAUAACAAGCCAUGAUUUGUUAACCAUGAACAAUCCAUGAAGAUUUUGUUGGAUUGCAGUCCGUAUGCUGUUUACCUUAGUUUGUUACUUCAGCUGGGAACGAUAAUCCACAUUCUGCAACAGCCCGUAAUUCAGUGACAGCCUAUAUUGAACCCUUGUUACAUUGUCUGAACUCGCUCACUUGAUGCAACCCACUGCUUGCAUUCAUGAGCUCGUUCCUGCCGUUUCCCAGGACCUGUGCUAUCCAGACCACGUUACCCUAAAGUGAAAAAGCAGUAUCUCCCAAACUUGUUUUUAUGGUACAUGUGGGGGAACUGGAGGUAGAGAUCAUAGAAUCAUAGAACAGUAGAGUUGGAAGGGGCCGUGAAGGCCAUCCAGUCCAACCCCCUGCUGUUGCAGGACACCCAUUUACACCAUCCCACUCAGAUGGCUGUCCAGUUUCUUUUGAGUGUCUCCAGGGUGGGAGAGCCCCCCACCCCUCCAGCCAGCUGGUCCCACUGCCCCAUUGCUCUGACAGUGAGGAAGCCAUCAAAACCCAAGCUCCCUGAAGUUUUCCAAAUUCCAUCUUGAGACCCAUUCUGACUCAGACCAGUGUCAGAAUGAUGAAAACCCCUGCAUAUUUCUGUGCGCACUUGGACAGAGAUGCCUGCAUUGUUCCUCCAUAUUUCAACAAGUGUGCAUAUCUUUGGGCAUCUGCAAAUCACAUCACAAGCUUGGAAAUGUAAGGAAUGCGGGGAGUUGUGGGAAUUUCUGUCUGGCUAAAUGGGCAUAGGAUUGCAUCCUCAGGAAAUCGCAAGGAAACAAGUGGGAUCUGCAAGAAAAUGUUGUGGUGUGGGCGCCAUUAGUCGGGGUUCAGCCGCUCAGUUCCAUUCUGCUCCCCAUCCCAACAUUCCACGGCCCCUGGGCAUGCUCGGCCUUCCUCGUGCUGCUAUGUUUUUGGACGCAUGUUCUCUCCCUGAGGAUUUUUAACUCCUUUGCAGAGGUGACACAAACCUUUGCAUUGCUCCAGGCCCUAUGCAUGGAUGCAUUUUGGCAAUAUCAGCAAUGAUAUUACCGUUCCUACACUAACAGCACAAACAAGGGAAUUGUGAUCUCAUGAGGAAUCCAUACAGGGGGUGCCCUAUUCCCCCUGGGGAGGGGGGGUUAGGGGAUACUUUCUCCGUUGGACUGUACCCUGAGCAUGCUUUAGGUAGGCUGACUUGGAGAGGUGGAGGCCAGCGUGAAAGGAUCCGAGAUCAUCCAGGUUGUUCAUUUAUUCUGACCGGAUCUCCCGCUCCUUGAUUUGUUCACUCGAGGGUUUGCAAGGCAUUUUAACUUCUCCUUCAUCACCAUUUCUGAGUAGACUCAAAUGUUUACAGUCAGCUCUGAACUCUGCCAAAUGCAAGAGCUUUCCGUGUGACCUUAAGAAAUUAAUUGGGAAGGGCAAAAAGGGCUCACAGUUAGUUAGAAGUGUUCUUCCUCCCUUUUAUCUUGGUUCCUGCUUGGAUGUACUUCUGGAUGUGAAAUUUAUUCCAAUCCAUGUCAUUUUGUUACAGUGGGGAACCCAAGGCUUUUGUUUAAUGUGCCAAAGCAGGGUAAUUAUAGUUUGCUGGCUGAAUGGAACUGCCAUGAACAGGGGCAGUGUAUCUCUGAAUAACAGAUAUUAGGAAUAAACUCACAAGGGAAGGCAGACUUUGGAGUCACUUGGAGUAGUUGACCCCUCUGUACCAGUACAGUUCUUUUUUCAUCUGUGUGCCUUCUACUUAAAUGUGCUACACUUCAGAAAACCCACACUCUUUUAAGAAUGCAAUCCUAUGUGUGUUUAGACCAAAAUGAAACCUACAAUUCCCAAUAUGCCCCAGCUAGCCAUGCUUGGAGCUGUUGGAUUUUUUUCUGUUUCAAUAUGCGUGGGAUUGUGUCCUAAAAGUUGUAGGUUCUCCAUUUAGAUAUCAGACUGCAAAAUGAUACAUGCAUUCAUACCAGGUACAAUGCCUGAAGAUUAAAUUGGUACAUCAUCUGUUAUGCUUAAGAUCCAGUGCACUUUUAUACAGAAAGAGUGACCACAAGCUCUAUUGGGAAAAUGAAAGCUUUUUAAAAAAGAAAUUCCCGAAAAGGGCAAUUCCCUACUCUCCUCUCUCACAUCCCAGGAUUGCAGGGUUCUGUUUUUCCCCUCCACAAUUUUAAUGCUGUUUUCUCUAACACAUAUUCUGACUGUUGGAUGGAUAGGGCAUGCGCUUUUCUUCUGGCUUGUAUUUACUUUUGUUCGUGUGCAAUUAAAAAAAUGCAGAAGAAAGUUGACCUAGGGGCCAAAGCACUUUGUUCGAGAAAUUUGGGAUCCAGUGCGGCUCCCCAAGCCAGAGCUUUGGAAGUUUCCAUCUUAUUUGUGGGCAGAAGCUUUGGAAAGACCAUUUCUCCAGUGGGAGGAGGAAUUCCCCAACGGUUUCUCACAGCUUGGGCUCCUGGUUGGCGGCGGUUGUAGCCCAGGGGUUUCUUUCUUCCGAAGCGUGGCUUGUUUUUCCGCACUGCACACCUGCGUUGGAACACCGGUCCUCUUUUCCAUCCUCCGCAAUGCAGGUGUGAUGCCAUCUGGCUUCUGCUGCACUCCAGGGAAGGAAUGGACCUCGUGCUGAGUCAAAACCAGCCCUCUCGUUCCCCUAAAGUUUUCUUCCACUGUGAAAGAAGUUUCCAUUUUUCUGCCUCAUUCCCUGAGGUUUUAUUUUGAAUUCCUUUUGGCGCUGCUUUUUGCUGUGAGGUGGCUAUGUUUGGGGGUUUUUCCUCACACAUCCGUUCAUUGCUUUGCAUCCUCCCUGGCUGCCCACAUUCCUGGUCUGAAAAAUCCCCAAGAAGGAAUUACGUAAUUGUGAUUUUUCUCUGGGAUGGCAGUAAAGUGUGUGAGAACUGUGCCACACAGAGGUGCCUGUGCAAUGAAAGCGGAGGUACCUCCAGAGAAAGGCAAGCGCAAGAAAUCCAAGCACAAGCUGUGAGAAUUUUGUCGAAAUAUUCUUCACCAUGGAAUUUCUUUUCAAAAGCAAUUUCUGUCCCCAGAACCAAAGGCAAUAUGUAGCUAUUAUGACAAGGGACAAACCCUCCAUGGAUGUGUCUCAUUCCCCCUAUUUUUUGUUUUACAUGCUAGCCUUUUUUAAGUUUAGCAGCACGGGGCUUGCAAGGUUUGUUGAAUUGCAGAACAAUCAAAAUCUUGCUUACUUAGAAGUAAAUCCCACCACAUAUAAGUGGAGCUUUCUUCCGAGUAGAGUUGGGAGCCUUAGUAAUUCACUGCAAGAUCAAACAGGAAAAUGCCUACAUUUCCCAGCAUCCCCCAAUCUCCCAUAGUAGCUGAUACAUGCUGGGUUUAGAGGAUGUUAUGUGUAUAGGACUGUGCUGGUAAGAUGCGCAAUGACAUGUUGUAGGACUGGCUGGGUUAGAGGAGUUAGAAUCUGUAUUGCACCAGAAUGGGGUGCCAUCCAGAUGUUUUGCACUCCAAUUCCUAUCAGCCCUAGUCAGCAUGACUAAUGGCAAGGAUUACAGCAGAGGGAGUCCCACGGAGCUCAAUGAGAUCUACUUCCAGGAAAUCAAACUGGAGUAUGAUAGCACAGUUCUGUGCAUAUGUCCUCAGAAGUGAGACCCACUGUCUGGGUUCAGACAAUACAGUAGCCCACAUUCUGGGUUGGGCAUAGGCUGAGUAUGGGUUGUCAUUCAAACAUGGCUUAUUGUGUCUAAAGCUAGCCAAGAUAGCAAACCAUGGUGAGUAACCCAUCGUUCACAACUCAGUCCUAGACCAUGGGUUCUCUUUGUGGUUGUCUGUGGGUAGCAACCCAUGGCUUGUUCGUGCAGUUGGGUUCAGACAACCAGAUAACCCACAUUUUUGCCAGAACCCAAGUCUCUUCAGCCCACACUCAAAUUGACCCAUGUCUGAAUUUAAUCACUGAGUCCAAAGGGGCAUACUUCUCGUAAAUGCCGAUAGAAUUCCUGCCUAAAUUUUGUUUAUUUGCUUAGGGAACUAGUUCCAGAUGGAAAGUGAAUUGUAAGAGAUAGAAGGUGCCCUUGAAUAAUCAGGACAUUUUUCUUUACUCCCAUUUUAGAGCUGAAAUUACUUUUUAAAAACACUUUUUCAAAUACUUUUAUAAAAUCAGAAUUCAACGUUUACAUUCCUGAAUAAGAUUCCCAUUAGAAUCCAGCGGUUUGUACUUUUUCACCUAUUACAGGCAUGUUUCCCGGCUAGUUCAAUAAACGAACUGAGCCAAAACAGGGUUUGCUAACUGCUGUUGCAUGUCCAUUAUUAAGUGUUCCUUUCAUUUCUUGGUUCAAAAUAAACCUGGUAGCAUGAAUGGGUGUAUUUACUGUGGACUGAGAUGGUUGUUCGAAUGGUAUUUCUAUUAGCUUGCCAUUAUUUUGCGCUCAGCAUUUUUUCUUUUUUUGAGCUUAUUGUACAGCACUUGGAGUACUAUAUGCUAAGAAAGGGUUUUAUAAAUCCAUUUUAAUAAUAAAGCGUUGACUACUGAUGCAUGUCA